UGUGAGGGAAAUUUGACAGAUAAACCAUUUCACGGAAUGAGUUAAAGUUUGUUCAGCUACUAAAGCUCUUUAAAAUGUCUAAACCUGCAGAGAGUCUAGCUGAGCAAAUGGCGAAAUUGUUAAAGCGGAUAGUUGAACUUCCGAUAGGUGGCGAAGGAACGGACACUGAUUCAACAUACAGCUGCUCUGAAAGUAUCAGAAAUAACGCUUUGCCAACCGACCUGAAAUGCUUUUUACAAAUUGCCAGCCUAAGAGCAGAUAUAGAAGAUAUUCUAAGGAACCUGAAACAGAGUGUAUCAGGCUUGACUGUAUCAGAGGUCUUUGAAGAACUGCCUCUGACUGGUCAACUGUUGGGACGUUUGUGUGGAAUGCCGCAGUUGCUGAAAGAAAAAUCCAUAUACAAGUCCUUAAUGGAAUGUAUCCUGACAUUUUACACAGGGAGAGUGCCAAAUACACCAUUGGAAGCGAAGGCCAAGUCAUGGGCAAUUUCCCAACUGCGAAGUACGACAAAUGUGUCCUCUGGUGGAAGGGAUGGAACUCCACUGGCAUUGAUGGGAGGAGACCAAGAACACCUCUACCAUUGUUAUCUUCUCAAGAUGUCUCGAGACUUGUCAACUUGUUUAAGAACUGAAACACAAAGACUUUGCAGAGGAUCAGAUAGGCAUCAUUCUACCAUAACUUGCUUACCUGAAUAUGUUUUGAAGAAUACAGACUUCUUUAUGUACUUGCUUCAUUACCCUGAGAUGACUGAGUUAGCUGAAGCCCUACUUGAGCGAAUAGCCCUGCACCCAGGGUCUGACAAUGCCAUAUCUCUUUUCGUCAGCCUAACAGAGCACCAGAAAAAGAGCAGAGAGUCCACCAGGCCAGUUUUGUCGUACAGAUUUCUGACCCUACUAUGGCUACAUUACUUUCCAAGUUUGGAAGAUGAGGUUUUGUUUACAGUGAGAUCGGUGCUGCUUCAGGAUUACUGGACACCUGAUGUCAAGAAAAGACUGAAAAGUUGGCAUUUGCCUAGGGCCUGUGCUGAACAUGCCAGCCUUUACCAGGCUGUGGGCCACAUGCUUGGGGAGCUCCUCCUGCACACCAAUGGAGACUGGAGGGUUGUAGAGUUCAUUGGGAGUUUCCACACCGUUGUGAGGGAGGCUGAGGCUAUGUGUCACACGCAGCUCUCCAGGCCACUGACUUCUCUGAGAGGCUGUUAUUCACCUGACCUUCAGCAUCUUGUCACCUUAUUACAAGUCUCACCUUCAGACCUAACACAAGCUGGGAUUUUCACCCAGAUACAGUCCAUAGGCAGGUGUGUUAGCACAGUUUCUCACAAGCAGUAUAGUGAGCAGAACUGUGAACUGUGGCAGUGUCUAGUUCAGUUCCCUGCCUGGUAUCAGGCCUGUCUCCACCACUGCCUGGCAGCCAGCUCUCAGCAGCUGGAUUCGUGUGUGACACUCAUUCUGUGGUACAAAUUGCCAUUGAGAGUGAACAGGUGUCCUGACAUUAAGACAAAUUUGAUGGAGACGAUAUUUAUGCUACAAGGUCUCAUGAGUAAAAGCAGUUUGAAGGUUCAGGAUAUGGAGUACGCAGUUUCAACCUAUCAGAACUCCCAUGGCUGCCAUGUCAUCUCUCCACUGAUUGGUCAGAUACUGAUGGUGUUUCUUGUUCUUUCUAAGAGUGGAAUGUCCAUUGGUCAGUUCAUUUUAAACAAGGCAAGCCUGACAGAUGAUGUUAAAGUACAGCUUCAGUUCAUCCUCCACACGAUUGACAUACUGGGAGGAGCUACCGCACUAGGUCAGCUGAUCCCUCCAGACCGUGGUCGUGAGCUCCACACUCUGAUUGCAUCCCUCACAAGCCAGGCUGGCUUUCCACAGGUCAAACUGGAUGCACAUCCAAAUGCUGGACAGGACUUGAGUGCCAGUGCUGACAUUGGUCCUGGAUAUUCACUCACAGAGAAAAUAGCAGAUGUAUUGAACAGUCUUUCUACCACUUAGCUUCGUAUCAUAUAUACAGGGUUCACAUAGGACUUUGACGUUCUUGAAACUGAAAAUAUAAAUUCCAGGCCAUGGAAAACCUUGAAAGUUAUACAGGUCCUUAAAAAGUGAAGAAGUGUUUUCAUGUAGUUCAAAAUUGAUCGCAAUAUCUACAUUCUGAAACAUGUGUAAUAUUCUAACCUGUUUGGAAAUCUGCCAUUCAUUAGUAACUUUGUCUCCUUCAAGGAAAUUGGUGUAUUUGUUUAGUUUCAGAAAUUAAAAAAAUUAAAACUUUAAAUUAAAUUAUCAAAGAUCCUGGUUUAUGACAGAAGUGUUAGCCUUUUUGACUGUUUGUACAUGUAGGGUUCGAAAAGUCCUUGAAUGUUCAGUUAAUUAGUCUGAAAAGUCCAUGAAUGUCAUUGAAUUUGGGUUGGGGAAAAUGGUUCAAACCCUGUACAUACCCAGGCUACAUACAUCAUGGAAGCCAGUAUUGACAAUUUAUUAAAGGUGAAUGCCUUUCUUUAAUGGAAGAUUUUUGGGUGGACUUGCUUGUGGUAAGCAAAUUUGUACUGGUACUUGUUUUAUGUUGGAAAUUGUACAUUUUCCACAUUAACUUGUACAGAUCCUUUUGUAAUACACAUCCAUAUGAGUGUAUGCAUAAAUUAUGCAAAUUUAUUUAUU